AUGUGGCAAUUGAAGCUUCUUAGCCGGGUCAUCCCCGUGUUCGGGGCUCUCGCCAAAGAGUUCAUAGAGGACGACAACCCGGAUACGAACCUAUCCGCCGACGCCCAUGACUACUAUUCCGACAUCGUAAAUAUAGGCUAUAUCUUGUCCAUAUCCCGCGGAGAGUGGGCUUCUGGCGUGAGGGACGAGGUGGUGACUAGGCUGUUGGCAGCUUUAAACACCCGGCUCCCUUCGCAAUGGACAUUCUUUAGCGUUGUCACGCUGUCCCCGGGGCUCACUGUUAUCCAGGCGUCUGCUAUGGAGCAAGGCGAAGCGGAGCAAUUUCCAGCGCUUAACGAGCUGUACAACUUGACCGAGUUGCGUGGUCUGGGAGGCUUCGACGAGUGCCUCGAAUUGCCGGGCCAGCCAAGCGAGCGCCGCAGGCAGUACGUGGAGCUCGUGGGCCGCGGCGUCUCCCUUUUUCACAAGACCGAGAGGCAGUCCAAUAAAAAGCGCGACAAAUUCCUGCAUCGGGUCAAAGAGGCCAGCAAACAUCUCUUGGACGUCUACUGCCGGGAUCGCUCUGGAACCGAUGCCGGCGAAGAAUUCGGCCUCUCUCAGCAUCCCAGCCAUGGGAUAAAGGAUCUCGCCGACAGGGUUUACAGUCUAUUGGAGCGGCACUGGAAAUGCCACUGCGCCCAACGAGCAGCCAGGCCUUCCGGGGCGAGAGAGGCGAGGCUGAGUCUGAUUAGGCACCGCCAGUUGGCACCCAAAUUGCCACUGCCGGAGAUUAGGGCGCAGAGCCAUCACCCGGCCAAGUUCGAUGUCCCCUUGCCUAUCUGCAAGGGCAGUGUCGAGUGGAAAGUGACGAAUGUUGAAGUCAAGCAGACAUGGUGA